AAUGAAUCAAGUCGAAUGAACCGAUACCUCAUUUCUACGUUCCCUGACGAUGGGGCUCAAUCUGAUGAAGAAGCUCGUCGAGAAUCCCCCACGCAGACACCUACAGUUGUCGGCAGCAAGCGAAUCAUGCGGGUCGGCAAUAUCAACGAACAGGUUAGAAAGGGGGGAAAGAGCUUGGUUCCCCGUCGGCACAACGUCCGAGUGUUAUGAGAAGGACCUAUACCCACGGAUCUGCGAGGUGAUUCAGAAUGCCGGCAUCGACAGAGCCGACAUGUAUGUCAAGUUCUACAUGAUAGGCAAGUCGAAAACAAGCGCAAAGCCCACAGUCUUUAUCUGCUGCAUCAACAAGCAAAGCAGGUUGACUGCCACAGAAGCAGUUGUGGCAAGUCUAGCCCUUCGAACGACUCCCAAAAUCGGCCUCAGACACGCGGCUCUACCUCUGGAACAACCCACACCAGCUCGCAGUCUAGCAUCAGACAUUGUGGAAGAUUUUCAAGCAAAAAGCAGCAGCCUCACCUCAUGGAAUGGCGACGUCUUCGCUAAACGUCUCACUCCAACAGUCGGUCGUGCUUUGUUCAGGUCCAACGAGCUAGAUGAGCUGUCGCCUUGGUCAACAGCGGGCGUUGUACUUCGAAGCAGGGGGGACAUUUGUCAGUUGACCAUUGAACACAAACCCGACGCAGUGUCGAAUAACGAUGUUGAGGAUUUGGUCGGACUUGAUUUAGGCGAGGUGUCAGUCGUCACGUUCGACGAUUCAGACGACGAAGACAACGAUGACGAACCAGACAACGCUGAUGCCUCCGAAAUUGAUCAAGAAGUUCUCAGUCACGCUAGCAAAACCCCUCCGCCAAGUCCUAUAUGCGCAUCUGUCAUAUCGGGUACCAAUUUUGACGAGUACGGAAGCUCAUAUGCCCCAUCGGAACUCUCUGCCAGCAUAAGGAACAGCUUUUCUGGGAGGGAUACUAGCCGGGAUGCACCUAACACCCAAACUCGACCCACAAACUUCCUCGCGAUCGAGAAUAAACCUAUACAAAGGGAAUUGGUAAAAGUCGGAACAAUCGAAACCAAAGCAAGCGACGGUCUUCGUCCGGAGUUGGACUACUCAUUGGUUUCCAUGGCCGCCUCAACAUUUGGCCAGUCAAUAUUUGACCAGCUCAACAGCAACUCAUUCUCGUGUGGUCAAAAAGGCUCCGAGCACAUUCUCAGAAAACCAACGUACGAAUCUCAUAGCUUGACAAGGGAAAAACGGAUCGAUGUCUUCCGUCGUCAAGGCGUCACUUGCGGUGUUAUUUUCGCAGGCACAACUAUGCUCAAGAGCAGGGGCUUCACAGACUUCCAGCACCUCUAUCUUUUGCGUCUGGACGAUGUGGUUCGCGAAGGAGAUUGCGGCGCGGCUAUUGUCGAUCACGAUACAGGAAGGGUCUACGGUCACAUUGUUAGAGGCUGUUCGAACAGCAGCAUCGCAUACGCAAUUCCGUUCCAUGAAGUUUGUCAUGAUUUGGAGAGUCGAGGCUUCUCUUUGAGUUUUUCUUCGUCCCCGAGUCAAUCCUCAACAAGCCAAUCCCUUUCUCAUGACUUGAUUGAUAACAUCAUUCAGCGGAAGACCCAAUGCUCAUAUCAGGACGAUUCUAAGCCCUUGAAGGGCUCUGACCAUGACUCACAGAGUCCUUCAAUUUCAAGGUGGCCGAACAUGGGCACGGGGCCGUCUUGUUCGGUAUUCAAUUACCGAUGGGAUGGCCGAAGUAACCCUGGGGAUGAUGAUGAGGGUCUUGGAAGUGGUGAUAGGGAUGACAAAGAAGACGAUAAGGAUCAACAUCAUGUCGAAAGCGUCGACUUCUGGUCCGAGUUCUAUGGGCGAGGUGACAGGGGGUUCUCCUCAAUGAAAGCCGCCAAACUUCGGGACUUUUGCUCCAACAUAUCGCUCGACGAUCUGAAGUCGGGAGAAUCGGUUCCUCCAAGAAUUGUUGCCAGUCUGGACGACAAGGGGUACGUGAAGGGUAGAUGCCGAACGCGUCAAAAGUUCUUCACAGCAGCGGGGCUAUUCAGCGAGCUACUCAAGGGUGCUCCGGAAACAUACAGUAGAGUCUUUGAAGACUUUGAUGUUGAUAGACGACAAGUGUUGGUUCAUAUUCCAACUUCAAAUGUUUUUAUCCUAACUCUAGUGUACAGGUUUAUCUAUGGUCUAGAUGGUUGGACAGCAGUUGCUCUUGCCAACACCUGUUCUGGGGUUGUUGCGGCGGCUUUAGGUGAAGCGAUGCUCAACCAUCUUGACUUUAGGUCCUCACUGAAGACUUCUUUCCAAAACUCCCGCGGUUCGCAGUCGUUCAUAUUUGAAUUCCACUUGCCAUUUUUUGUCUGGAAAUCUGCCCGAGCAAUAGAUCUGCGUCGAAACUCCAAGGGACACACUUUGAGACAUGUCAUUGACCUCCCGUUCAGUGAGAAGAGUGUGUCAACGGACAAUUCUUAUGGUCGGGCUUCCCUUCACGAAGCUCACAUCUCACUUUUCACUUGCGGCUAUGAUACGAACCACUGGACAGCAUUCUCUUUCGAGGAUAUUUACUAUCAGGACGACGUUCCAAGUUCAAGUUUAUCUGAGGUGACCGAGAGCUUUGAUGGUCGCACGACGCUCAACAAGCUCCAUGGUGAAUUAGCAACGAUCUGGGACCCUCACUAUUAUUUCAUCAGGGUUCUUUCAAUCCGAAUCGAGAGGAUCAAAUAUGAAUGGCUUUACAUCACAGAUCAUCUCAACAGCAAAAUUACUGGAGAUGUCAGUUGUUCUUCAUUCGAACUUUUGUGCCUGCGAGCUAAUGCUAUUAAACAGAUGUAUGGGGAAAUAAGACGCAGCAACAAGUCAAAUCUGGACUACUACGACGAGCUUGAUACUCUGUUAUUCAAGAUGAAGAGUACUCUGAAUCGGUUACUGGACAGUGUCGCGACUUUUGUUGAACAACAUAACUUUGUGGACGAAGGUCAGUCAUCAGAAAUAUCAGAAAGUACGCAGGACAUUAUGAUCUCGCUAAGAGACCUGAGAGAAUUUCAUAUCACGCUGAACGAACUUUCGAGCUUUGUGAAGUCAAAGAGGUCUCAAGUAAGCUUACUCAAAAAAGGGUUUAAAACGGAUUUCCAGGGAUGGUACUAA